UACCCACUAUGGGAAUAACAUGGCAAUUCCUACUCGAACAGCACGUCGUUGGAGAGCAAGAAGAAUAAUUGAGAGCACAGAAUUAGUUGUGGAGCAUGAUGAACGGAGGAAUGAGCCUGUUGUCAGGGAUCCUUCGAAACUGAUGGAUGCUGCUCAUGAAGAUUCACCUGAGCAAUCUUCAGAUGGAGAGAUGUCCGAAGGAGAAGGCUCAAUGGCUUAUGGUAACUCAAGUAACGACGAUAGUGAAGAAGAUCCAGUUGUUCGAGAUGAAGGAAUGAUUGAUUCUGAAGCGAACAGAAUUCAUCAUGUCUUACCUCUCUCUUUGACGGGAUAUUCUACUGAAGAAUUAAUAACUAUUCUUCUAGCCCUGGCAACGAAAUUGCGACGUGGUUUUUCUUACUCAGCUACAGAAGACAUUUUGUUAUUGGCACAAGUGUUGACUGAUGCAAGAGUCACUCACAGAUCCAAGUAUGACUGGCAAAAGAUUUCAAAUAGUCUCUGCGAUUGUAUGUCGAUCCAUCACUUUUGUGAUAAAUCUCACGUUUAUGUAGGGAGCGAAGUUGGUGAUUCAGUUGUCGAAAAUAAUUUAUUGGCAUGCUCUAUGUGUGAUCAAGUCGUCGAUAUGAGCAACAAUUAG